GAUCAUUUAACAAUAAGUAACCAAUUUUCGAUAUCAGAUAGUUUUUGGUUUGCUAUUGGGACGCUUAUGCAGCAGGGGUCAGAUAUAUAUCCGAGGGCUACCUCUACUCGAAUUAUAAGUAGUACUUGGGGAUUUUUUUCCCUUAUUAUUGUUGCAUCAUAUACUGCUAACUUGGCAGCAUUUUUAACUGUGGAACGUAUGAUUAACCCUAUCGAAAAUGCUGACGAUUUGGCUAGCCAGACAGAAAUUUCCUACGGGACUUUAGAAAGUGGAUCCACAAUGACUUUUUUUCGGGACUCCAUGAUUGAAACUUAUAAAAAGAUGUGGAGAGUUAUGGAUAAUAAGAAACCUAUGGCAUUUACAUCUACUUACGAGGACGGAAUAAGGCGUGUGAACCAGGGUAACUACGCCUUCUUAAUGGAAUCUACAAUGCUUGACUAUAUUGUUCAACGAGACUGCAAUUUAACGCAGAUCGGUGGCUUAUUAGACACAAAAGGUAUAGUUUUAUAUAUUAUAUUUGUAAAAAAAAAGAAACAAAAACAAGUAGCAUUCUGGCGUAUCGGAUUGCAUGAUUCUCAUACAUUAUCCGCAAACAGUUUAAUUUUAAUUUGGAAUGAGGAACAGUAUAGUAAUUUUUAGCCAAGUC